AUGUUCCUGUUAUUUACUAAAGAUCUGUGUUUUACAGUUGUGACUCUAUAUUCUACACUGGGGAAGGAAGCUGUUUUACAUGGAGUCAAUGAAUCAGAAGUUUCCCAUAUCAUCGUCAGCACAGUACUAACAUCUAAACUCAAAGAUAUCAUAAAGAAGAUGCCUAAUGUCACCCACAUCAUAUAUAUAGGUGAUGGGAAAUCCCCAAAGAAGUCAGAUUUCCCUGAGUCAAUACAGCUGAAGUCGAUGGAGGAGGUGGAGGUCGUGGGAGCUCAGAUAGAUAACUUACGUGUUCCUGUGACCAAGCCUAAGCCAGAAGAUCUAGCUGUAAUUAUGUACACCAGUGGGUCAACAGGUGUUCCCAAAGGUGUGUUAAUUUCACAUAAGAACCUCAUGUCAGGAAUGGCAGGGCAGUGUCAGAAGAUAGUAGGUCUCGGACCUAAAGAUACAUAUGUUGGUUAUCUCCCUUUGGCUCAUGUACUAGAACUAAGUGCAGAGAUUAGCUGUCUGGCUCAUGGUGCUUGUAUUGGGUUUUCAUCACCUUUGACCCUAACAGAUAAUUCCAGUAAAAUAAAGAAAGGCAGUAAGGGUGACCUAUCUGUUCUGAAGCCUACUCUAAUGGCAGCUGUCCCGAUGAUAAUGGACAGGUUAUACAAAGGAGUGUGGGAGAAGGUGAACAUGGGAGGAUCAUUCAGCAGAGCGUUGUUUGAGUGGGGCUAUGACUACAAGAAGAAGAGGAUAGAGAAAGGCUACACCACACCUCUACUGGACAAGUACAUUUUCUCCAAGGUGUACUCAGUCCUGGGAGGGCGGGUCAGAAUGAUGCUGAGUGGGGGUGCCCCACUGUCAGAGAAAACCCAGAGAUUUAUGAACAUCUGCUUCUGCUGCCCAGUUCUACAGGGUUAUGGACUGACAGAAACCUGUGGGGCAGGGACCAUUCAAGAAGUUGAUGAUUUGUCGACCGGGAGAGUAGGUGCUCCUCUGAUCUGUUGUGAGAUCCGCCUACGAGAUUGGCCAGAAGGAAACUAUACCUCAAAGGACAAGCCCCACCCACGGGGAGAAAUAUUGGUAGGUGGUGGUAAUAUAGUGCAAGGUUAUCACAAGAUGCCAGAAAAGACAAAGGAGGAUUUCACCGAUAUUGAUGGAACUUGGUACUUCUGUUCAGGAGACAUUGGACAAAUGGACCCUGAUGGUUGUCUCAGGGUCAUUGAUCGCAAGAAAGACCUUGUGAAACUCCAGGGAGGAGAGUAUGUGGCUGUUGGACAAGUAGAGACUGUCCUGAAGAUGGUGCCAGUGGUAGAACAGAUUUAUAUUCAUGCGGACAGUAAUCACGAGUUUACACUGGUUUUUAUUGUUCCUCAUAACAAGCAGUUGGAGGAGAUAGCGGAGAAACUCGGGGUCACUGGAGAGUUUGAAGACAUCUGUAAGGAUAAGAAAGUGGAAAGUGAAGUCCUGAAAAAGCUUACAGAAAGUGGAAUUAAAGGUGACCUGGAAAGGUUUGCCCUACCGAAGAAAUUAAAAAUCUGCCCUGAGCCGUGGACUCCCGAGUCAGGACUGGUCACCGAUUCCUUCAAAGUCAAACGCAAAAGUUUUGAAGAACAUUUCAAAGAGGAUAUUGAAGAAAUGUAUAAAAAAUAGAAAUACCGGGUAUAUCAAUUCAUGCCCUCCAUCACUUUAGAUACAAACAUUCUGUCAUACCUGUUUAUGGUUAUUCACAUGUGAGUCACAUGGGUUUUGGGAUACAUUAUUGCACAUGUAGGUUACUCGGGUAGUAGCAAGUCCAUGUGUUUUACUUUCACUUACACUUUUAAUUUUACUUUAGUCUUUCAAUUAUAUUUUUGUAUUAAUUUUUUCAAAUGACUUCAGGAAAAAAAAUUAUUUUUUACUUUUUGUUAUGGCCAUUAAAAGAAAGAAAUAUGAUCAAUUUGUGCCCUUCACUUUCUUUAUUUACCAGUUCAUGCUUUUGAUGUGGUUUACAUGAGUUUGGGGACACAUCAUGGUAUGUUUGUUGGUAAAAAGUCCCUGAUUUACUUUCACAUUUCAAUUUUACCUCUAUUUUUAGUUUUGUUCUUUAGAUUAAUCUUUUGUAUAAAGUUUUUCAGAUGACUUCAGGAGUUUUGAGGAAUAUAGAAUUGUAAUAGCCAGUAAAGAUUUGUAAAUAUUUUGCUCUUUCUAGAAGCUGUUGUGAAAAACAGGGUAUUUUCUAUUUCUGUACUACAAUAUUAACAUUUCUUUCCUUCCAUUUUAUUUUUAAGUAGAUUAAAUGCUUGCAUUUACCUGGUCAGUAGACGUUAAAUGUAAACUUUACUUAAGACAAAUUGUACAAACAUUACACUUAUCAAAUUUUUGACAAAACAUAUAAUGAUUUAUAUAUCACGUAAACCAACUUGUGGUUCAAAAUCUAGAAUAACUUGCCAAUUAGAUAGACAAUGCAUUAAACCUUUUAUUUUCUUUUAAUGAAAAGGUUUAAAUUGGGAGCUAUGCUAGUCCAUCAUUAUAUAUGUACAUGUAGUUGGCGCAUGCAUUAGAAAAUCCACAUUGAGCAAGAUUUUCGUGGUAGUAUAGGUACCUGUAUAUUAAAAAAAAUAGCCUACAUAUGUAGAUAUGUGAUAAUGGUAUGGGAACUUUAUUUGGAAAUAUCUUAAUCUGAAUAAAUUUAAUAUAGUUUUAUAUUUUAAUUUGUUUGGAUGGUUUCUGAGAAUUUUUUUAUGUAAUAAAUUUCUAAAGCAUUGUGUGUAAAAUGUACAUUUUUGUUUAUAUACAUGUUCAUAUAUAAAACAUUUAUAGUGCCAUGACUUUUGGAAUGAAAAAAUAAAUUUUACACUGAUGUAUAAGUUUACCACAUUAUGGAGACUUGAAUAGUUUCUAUUAAUAAAUCAGCAUAUACACCAGCAUUAACAGUGCUUUUUUUUUUUAAAUAUGUAUAUUGUGCCAUUAUUUCUUUAUAUAUAUAUAUAUAAUUAUUGCAAACCAUUGGCCCUGUUAUCAUCUAUGUUUGAUAAAUAAAUGAUUUCUUGUUGUGAACUUCAUUUAUCAUUAUAUUUGUCAUGUAUAUGUGUCCUAUAUUCUGCAUGGUACCUUGUGCAUUUAAGUUAGAUCUGUACAUUAAAUAAUUUGAGAAUGUUGGCAUAAUGAUUAUAUAAAAAUAUUUGUAUGUUUGAGAUUGCUUAUAUUAUAAAAGGUUUUAUAUGUACUAGUGAUCUGAACAAUGCUUCCUAAUAUAUAUCUAUAAUAUAGAAUC